AAGGCUCAGUUUCUGCUUUCUCCUACUGAUGAUUCUUCUCAGCCACACGGUCUUCAUUUGGAAGAGAUUUCUCUCUUGAGAAAUCCAUCUGCCUCCCAUAUUCUUUCCAAGAGCAUUUUAUGGAGAACAAAACUCAUCCCGGUGCUGAGGAGACUAGAUUAGAAAAGACAGAGAAACGGAAGGAAAGUGCUCCUGAAGCCAUGGAGUCUCAGAAGGCGAGAACAGCCAAACGUCUGGCUACAUUUAUUACAGGCCUGGUGGAGUGCAUGUGCUUUGCAGGAGUCAUUUUUGGGUGGACAUCGCUGGUCUAUGUCCUCAAACAGUUGAAGUACUUUGACAACUUUUGCGAGUCAGCUGUCAAUGCAACCACCAAUCGAACAAUUCAAGGCUGUGCUGCUCAGGAUGAACAGUUCUCUCUCAUCUUCACCAUUGGCUCCUUCAUGAACAACUUCAUGACCUUCCCUACUGGCUACAUCUUUGAUCACUUUGGCACCACAGUAGCCCGUCUGAUUGCCAUAUCUUCCUACACUAUGGGUAGUCUCCUCAUUGCAUUUUCUUCAGCAGCCACUGCAAUAAUGUUAUAUCCAGCAAUGACAUUUAUCUCUGUUGGUGGGAUCCUUCUCAUUCUGACAAACAUGCAGGUUGGGAAUCUGUUCGGAAAACAUCGGUCCACAAUCAUUACCCUCUACAAUGGAGCCUUUGAUUCUUCCUCAGCUAUAUUUCUUAUCAUCAAGCUCCUGUAUGAACAAGGCCUCUCCCUGGGAGCCAUGUUCUUCUUCAUGUCUGCCUGCAGCGCCUGGCACUUAGUUCGCACCUUUUUCCUGAUGCCCAGAUACCAUAUUCCUUAUCCACUGCCCCCAGGCUAUACAUAUGGAUUGAAGUGUCCUGGGAUUUCCCAUUCAUACCACACUUAUGAGGAACAAGGCUCCCCCAAGAUCACAGUUGCAGAUGAAGCCCAAGACUCAAAUAAUCUGCAUGAUGAGUCAGCACUCAAAGGAGAACAAGCUACCAUCAAGGACAAAGGGGAUACUGAUACUGGAGCAGAUGCCAAGCAACCGCCUGUUAAAUCCUUCCGGAAAUGCAUUUUCUCCAUGUUAUUUUUCUGGCACUUAGUAUGGCUGUCAGUGAUGCAGCUGCGCCAUUACCUCUUCAUUGGCACCCUCAAUCCCAUGCUGAGAAAACUUGCGAAUGAGGACAACAGCCUUGUGAGUAGCUACACCAAUGCAUUUGCCUUCACACAGCUCUGUGGAGUCCUGUGUGCCCCUUGGAAUGGGCUUAUUCUUGACUGGCACAAACACAGGCAAAAGAAAGGAGAAGGGGCACCAGAUCCUGUUGCUGACCUCCGUUCUUGUAUCCUGUCCCUAACCAUUACAGUCCUACAGUGCCUGGCCUUCUCCAUCUGUGCUUCCAUUCCAGUGCUGCCUGUGCAGUAUGCCACUUUUAUCCUGCAAGUUCUGAGCCGCUCCUUCCUCUAUGGAGGCAAUGCUGCCUUCUUGGCUAUUGC